AUGAGGAAAAUAACUAUUAUAUUAGCAAUUUUUUUAAUCUUAAAUAUUUCUACAACAACAUCGGCGGAUCAACUGGAGAACUUGAUUAAACUUUUACCUAGAGAUAUUUUUGGACUAAUAACUAACUUGGUCAUAAAUUUACUUAGAGGAUUACUCGGCCCAAGAUUACCCUUAAGUGAUGCUGAACUAACGGAGCUGACGGAAACAUUGAAAGAGCUAUCAAAACAUGGAUAUUCAAUAAGCCAAGAAGACUUAUUGAGGAUUGCACAAAGUGUAGCUGAAAUUGCCACACUAACUGGUGGAGAAUGGACAGCAAAAUUGAAUUUAGAAGCUCUGCUGCCAGAAAAAGUUCAGAAGUUACGUAAUGGAGCAUUGAAUGUCGGAACAAAUGGAGGGAAUGAAAUUGAAGAUGAACCUCCUAGAGAUAAAAGAGAAGUUGGAAGAGCUAAAAGGGCAGUAUCAUGCACCUAUAAUAUCGAAUUUGAUGCUCGCACAAAAUGGCCGGCCUGUAAAUCUAUCAUUAACUAUGUUCAAGAUCAGGGCGAAUGUGGUAGUUGUUGGGCUCAUUCAGUAGCUUCUUGUUUCACUGAUCUUUAUUGUAUUGAUCAGUCAAAAAAUAAUCGGAGCAUCCCAAAAACGCCAUUUUCGGCAUAUGAUUUACUCUCAUGUUCACAGCCAGAUGGGUGUAACGGAGGGGUGGUGGAAGAUGCAUGGAAAUGGGUAGAAAAAAACGGAAUAUGUACAGGAACUGACUUCCCUCGUAAGAGCGGUUGCAAGCCAUAUCCUUUUGCUCCAUGGAACAAUGAUCCAAAACUGAAAGUGAAAUCAGUCAGCACUAAGGGAGGAGAAGCUAAUAUUAAAGAGCAACUCAAAAAAUUCGGACCUGUAUCUGCUGGCUUUUACGUUUAUGAAGAUUUUAACGCUUACAAGGACGGAGUUUACUAUAAUGUAAAGGGUAAAGAGCUCGGAGGGCAUGCUGUUGUUAUUACCGGAUAUGGGACUGCUACAUGUGGUGGGAAGAAAAUACCUUUUUGGAUUAUAAGAAAUUCAUGGGGUCCCAAAUGGGGAAAGGGCGGCUUCUUCUACAUGCGUCGUGGAACUAAUGAAUGUGAAAUUGAAAAGCAUAUUUCUUAUGGAGGUUUUUGA